UGAAACUAAUAUAACACUAUAAAUCAACUGUACUUAAAGCAGCUGUGUUUUCUCUGAACGCUGCUCAGAGAGGAGCCGGAAGGAGGAGGGCAGAAGAGCUGUUGUAGUUUCUUAAAGCCAUGUCCGAGGAUCUGGUGACGUUCGGGGACGUGGCCGUGGACUUCUCGCAGGAGGAGUGGGAGUGGCUGAGCCCGGCGCAGAGGAGUCUGUACCGGACGGUGAUGCUGGACAACUACCGGAGCCUGGUGUCGCUGGGAGUUUCGGUUUCCAAGCCAGAUGUCAUCUCAUUACUGGAGCAAGGAAAGGAGCCCUGGCUGAUGAAGGAGGAGGGGCCGAGGGGAGCACGCCCUGUGUGAUGAGUUCUGACAGCUGUAUACAUCCAUGAAACCAUCACUACAAUGAAGACCAUCACCCAGAAGAUUGCUUGUGCCUUUUUGCAAUCCAUUCUUCUCCACUCUGGCUCCAAACUAACCUUUGUCGUUUUAGAUUAGUUUGCA